AUGCGCGUGCCAGUUCCCCCGGAAGAAGAAGUAGAAGCAGAAGCCAGCAUGCAGAGUACCCGCCCUUUCUCCGUACUCACCCAGAUGUCGCCAGUGCCCCCUCAUGCCCCCGAAGUCGUAGCUACAGCUACAGCUACAGCUACACCCACAUCCAAGCGGCCCCAAAAAGAAUGGCGGAUUCCCAAGCUCCUCUUCAAGUGCAAAGACGUAACCCAUCCAGGCGCCGCCAUCUACUUUGCGCACUCAAACACCGCAACCCUCCUGCGGGAUGCCGUCGUCGGUGUCCUAGAGUCUCUCUACACCUUUGACACCGCGCCCAAUACCCAGCGCUCCGUAACCCUGAUUCUGCGCGAGAUGGACGGCAUCGCCUAUACCACGUCCUCGGACCUGGACGUCGAUCAUAAGGAGAUCCACGUCUCGCUCAAGUACCUCAGCACGCUCUCGCCCACCAUCGCGGCAUCGGAGAUCCUCGGCGUGAUCCGACACGAGAUGGUGCACUGCUUUCAGUAUAAUGCGCACAACACGUGUCCGGGCGGGUUGAUUGAGGGGAUCGCCGACUGGGUAAGGCUGCAGGCGGGCUUCACGCCGCCGCACUGGCGCAGGGGAGGGAAGCACUGGGAUGAUGGGUAUCAGAAUACGGCGUAUUUUCUUGAGUGGCUGGAGCAGAGGUUUGGUAAAGGAACAGUGGCGAGUGUGAAUGGACUGCUGGGGAAGGGGAAGUAUAAAGUGGGCAUGUGGGAGGAUAUGUUUAACGGGUGUGGGGUGGAGGAGCUAUGGGAAGAGUAUAGGAAGCUGUAUGGGAUUGGGGGGCUGUAG